GCAUUGGCAGCGGCAGUCGUUUCAGCAACGGGUCUUUCCAUACAACUGAUCAACAAUGCUAAUGGUACGAUGCUCAUCUCACAUGCGAUCCUCUUCUUCGCUGUUAAUAUUGUUGGUUUUUUCGUAUUUUAUCCGCUCGAAUUGGUACAAAGGAAAACUUUUCGAGAAACGAGGAAAUUCGUCGAAACAAGGAUGAUGCUCGUGCGCGAAAUGGACAAACAAGAGAAGAUUCUACUCUCCGUACUGCCGAAACACAUAGCCUAUGAGGUGAAAAGUCAUAUGGAUAAAAGCGAAGAAGGACUAUUUCAUAGGAUUUACAUUAAGAAACAUGAGAAUAUAAGCAUUCUCUUUGCUGAUAUCUGCGGAUUCACAAAUUUGGCUUCAGAAUACACAGCAGAAGAGCUGGUACUAAUGUUGAAUGAGCUUUUUGCACGCUUCGACGCUCUAGCGGCACAACACAAUUGCAUGCGAAUCAAGGUGACAAGGGCUUUGCUUUUUGAAUUUGAUUGA